AUGGCUGCGCCUGCGACCUCCUACGAGCGCCGCCUGCUCGCGGCCGCCGACCUCGUCCUCUCCGCCGACGCCCAGGAUCAAGGGACCCGCCUCCCGGACCUCGGUGUCACGGCCGACCUCAAGCCGCACCAGCUCCAUGGCGUCGCCUGGCUCAUCCGCCGCUACCGCCUCGGCGUCAACGUCGUCCUCGGUGAUGAGAUGGGGCUUGGCAAGACCCUACAAGCGAUUUCUCUAUUGAGUUAUCUCAAGAUCCAGCGUAUUGCACCCGGACCAUUUCUGGUCUUAUGUCCUCUAAGCGUCACAGAUGGCUGGCUGUCAGAAUUCAGUAAAUUCUGUCCUUCCUUCAGGGUGCUGCAGUAUGUUGGUGAUAAGCUUCACCGACGUGACCUUCGGAGGACCAUCUAUGAAGAUGUACAGAAAGCUUCCACAUCAUCUCGAUCCAACGAAUUACCAUUUGAUGUGCUCAUGACAACAUAUGACAUAGCCUUGAUGGAUCAAGAUUUCCUUUCACAAAUCCCCUGGCACUAUGCAGUUAUUGAUGAAGCUCAACGUCUUAAAAAUCCAUCCAGUGUACUGUAUAAUGUCCUUGAGCAACGUUUCAUCAUGCCAAGACGUCUACUACUAACAGGCACUCCUAUCCAGAACAACCUUUCUGAAUUAUGGGCUUUGAUGCACUUUUGUCUGCCUUCAAUAUUUGGAAAGCUGGAUGAGUUCCUUUCUACAUUUAAGGAAGCAGGGGAAUCAUUGACAGGUGAUGAAGCUAAUAAAGCAAAAGGACAAUUCAAGAUCAUUAAACAUAUACUCAAGGCAUUUAUGCUACGUCGGACAAAAGCUUUACUAAUCGAGAGUGGAAUUCUGGCGCUGCCUCCACUAACUGAGCUAACAGUGAUGGUGCCGCUGACACAGUUACAAAAGAAGCUUUACAUGUCAGUGUUGCGGAAAGAGCUGCCAACACUUAUUUCAUUUACUAGAGGAUCAUCUCGCCACCAGUCUUUGCAAAACAUUGUAAUACAACUGAGGAAAGCUUGCAGUCACCCAUAUCUGUUCAGUGGCAUUGAACCUGAGCCUUAUGUGGAAGGGGAGCAUUUAGUUCAGGCUAGUGGAAAGCUCAUUGUCCUAGAUCUUGUCCUGAAGAAGCUCCAUGAAUGCGGACAUCGUGUUUUGCUAUUUGCUCAGAUGACCCAGACACUGGACAUUCUUCAGGAUUUCCUAGAGCUACGCAAUUACACUUACGAGCGCCUAGAUGGUUCAGUACGUGCUGAGGAACGGUUUGCAGCAAUAAGAAAUUUCAGUUCUCAAUCUACAAAAGGGCUUAUCAGAGAUGAUAAUCAAAGUGGAGCAUUUGUUUUCAUGAUAUCAACUAGAGCAGGUGGUGUGGGGCUUAAUCUCAUUGGUGCCGAUACUGUUAUUUUUUAUGAACAAGAUUGGAAUCCUCAAGCUGACAAACAGGCCCUACAGCGUGCUCACCGCAUUGGACAGUUGAAUCAUGUGUUGUCAAUAAAUUUGGUAUCACAGCGCACAAUUGAAGAGGUCAUAAUGCGAAGAGCCAACAGAAAACUUAAGCUUAGCCAUAAUAUUAUUGGAGAAGAGGAUGGAACUGAUGGGAAGGGAGGAGAUCCAGGAAAUGAAGCUAGUGACUUGAGAUCAAUUAUCUUUGGCUUGCACCUGUUUGAUCCAGCAGAUACAGCUGCAGAAACAAUCAAUGAGGAUACAACUGCUGAGACAAUCAGUGUGGAGAAACUGGCGAAGUUAAAAACAAUGUCUGAAAAGGUUGUCAUGAUGCGUAGCCAUGAGUCUUCAGAAAAGGACGAACGAGCAUUUGAGAUAAAUCCAAAUAUGACUGAUGACAGUGGAACUGUGAUUAGAAGGGCUUCCGAUUCUAUUCGCAUUGAUCCUGGGCUAAACGAAGCUGCAUACCUAUCCUGGGUCGAGAAGUUCAAAGAGGCUUCCGGUUCUAGUGAAGAUGCCACAGUUGAAUUUGGAAGGCAAAGAGCAGCGCCUGAAGAAAAGCUCCUGAAACGUGAUGUUAACAAGAAAAAAAUAGAAGAAAGGAGAUUGGCCAAAUGGGAAAGUUUGGGUUACCAGACACUAGCAGUUAAGGAACCUGAUAUCACAGCAAGCCAGAAUAUUUCAGACGCAGGAUCCAUCCAAUUUGUAUAUGGAGAUUGUACUAAUCCUUCAAAAGUUUGUCCUAAAAAGCCUGCCAUCAUAUUCAGCUGCAUAGAUAAUUCUGGGACUUGGGGGCAUGGAGGAAUGUUUGAUGCUUUGACUAGUCUGUCGACAUGCAUUCCAGAUGCUUAUCACCGUGCUUCUGAAUUUGAUGACCUCCACAUGGGCGAUCUUCACUUGAUUCAGCUUGAUGGUACUACUUUCAGCGUUCAUCCAGACGACAGGCAGAUUCUAACCUAG